AUGCGUCCCAGGCUGGUGCAGACAAGGACUCUUGGCAGUGAAGAGGGAUGGAGCAGCGCGCUGCCCUGUGGAGGGGCUGAGGCGGCAUCACUCUUUCCUUCCUCCCUAGGCGCGCAGCGAUCUGGUCCAUAGUUGGAGACCGACGAGAGAUCUUCCCAGAUAAGGUGUCAGAAAUGUAAGCAGAGGUGAGAGCCGGGAAAAGGAGCGGGAUCUUUUGAGAAAGGCGACGGAAUCAAAGUCCACAUCAGCAGGGAUGAUUUCUGAGGAGUCAUGCGCUCAUAAUCUGACAUCAGAGGCGGGAUGUGAAUCCAAAUAAUUUAUGGUAAUUACAGGUUCGGACGACUGUGAUGCAAUUUUGGAUGAGAACACGGGGGCAUGGCCGUCUGACAUUUAACAGCUUGUUUUAUUUGGAUUUUGUUGGUGGUGGUGCUGGGGUCUGACUUGACCAAAGAAACUGAUCUGCAAGCCUGUGCGGUCAUUCGGGUCUGGAAGGAGUUGGCUGGGCGAGGAGGGUUCUGCUGUGCGUCCUGAUACGCUGGACUUGGGAGAACCGAUUUAUUUGCACCGGUUUCACAGCGACUGUCUGUCUGUCCCCUCGUUUGCAACCUCCCAGUGAGGUGUGUCGGACUUUUAUUUUAUUUUUAUUUUUUAUUUUAUCUCAGGAAAAAGGAGCUUAUUGUUUUUUGGUCAACACUCCCCCCAUCCCCCCUCCACCCCACGGCAGUCUGCGGCUCCGUGCCGAAUCCACGGGAGCGCACGGAGAACCAGAGGAGCGACAGCCGGACAUUCUUACACCUGACCAGACCCAACCAGUCCACACCCCCCUCCGGGAAAUCCGCUUCCGAUCGACUCCAAAAAGUGAAAGGCGCAAGUUUCAAAAGCCUGGAAUAUACGACUCGAUGAGACGCGCAGGACGCAGGACCAAAUAGCGCAUAUACAGACACAGACCUGCAAAAUGUUCAAACGGGGCUGUGGGCUGGAGUUCCUGCUGGUUCUCUGUGGCCUCAAGUUUUCCUGGUCCUGCCCCCGUCACUGCAUAUGCUACACUGCGCCCAGUACCGUCUCCUGCCAGGCCCACAACUUCCUGUCGAUCCCUGACGGCAUCCCUCCAGACAGCGAGCGCAUUUUCUUGCAAAACAACAAAAUCCACCGCCUGCUACGAGGGCACUUCAACCCAAACACGGUCACUCUGUGGAUCUACUCCAACAACAUCACGUACAUAGAGCCGUCCACCUUCCACGGCUUCACGUUGCUGGAGGAGCUGGACCUCGGAGACAACCGCCACCUGCGCUCUUUGGCCGAAGAUACCUUCCAUGGCCUGAAUCGGCUCAGCGCGCUUCACCUGUACCGCUGUGGUCUCAGUUCACUUCCGAACAACAUCUUCAAAGGCCUUCGGAAUCUACAGUACCUCUAUUUGCAGGAUAAUCACCUGAAGUAUCUGCAGGAUGACACAUUUAUGGAUCUCCACAACCUCAGCCACCUGUUCCUCCACGGAAACCGUCUGUGGAGCCUCAACCAGAACACCUUCAGAGGACUUCGAGCCUUGGACCGUUUGCUUCUGCACAAAAAUCUGAUUGAGUGGAUCGACUGUUUGGCCUUUCAUGACCUGAAACGCCUCACCACCCUCUACUUGUUCAACAACACCCUCGUGGAGUUGUCUGGACAGUGCCUGGACAUGCUUCCUGCCUUGGAAUACUUGCGCCUCAACGACAACCCCUGGUCAUGCGACUGCAAAGCCCUUUCGCUCUGGGAAUGGUUGAAAAGGUUUAGAGGUUCGACUUCUUCGGUCGGCUGCCAGGCCCCGGUCAACAUGGUUGGGAAAGACCUCAAAGAGCUGCGCAUGGAGGACUUCUCCAAUUGUUCUUCGACAGUUUCUGAGUCCAGAUCGCAGACUAACAAUCUUUCUGGCACGGUCAAUCCCUCCAUGAACCGUGGAGUCGCAGUCGGCUCUGGAGAUCAGACCCAUAUCGUGGAUCUCUUGAGACCCGGGCCGCCUAAAAACUGUACAAAGCCUCGCAAUCGAGGGAGCAAGAAGAAGGGUGACAACGAGGUUCACCACUCAAAGGAGGUCAUGUCAGAAAAGGAUGAUUCCUCCCAUGAUUUCACAGAGGGACGAAAACAUGACCACACAUCCCCAGAUGGCACAGUCACACAGAGAAAGCACAAGUGUCCUCGGACCACUGUUCGCCCCCCCAGUGGGGUACAACAAGCCAACAAUAAGGCCCUCUCAUCCAAGGCAUCACUACAUAUCCAAGCACUCUUUGUGGCCUUGAUAGUGACAAAUAUCGACCACAUUCUCCGCUGACCUUCAGAGGGUUUAACAAAUCUAACAGACAAAAAAAAGGCAAAGCACAGCCUCAACACCUCUCUCUUGCUCCUGCACUACAAGGCCUGUGUCUCUUAUGUAUGUGUGUGAAUGUGACUAUAUGUGUAAAUGUUGUAGGGAGCUUUAUUGUUCAAACUGAAGACGAUAUCAAAAAGCAUCAAUCAUUUGUGAGGGAAAGAUUCAGAGCACAAAAAGUCAGACUGAAAAUGAUCGGAAGUCAAUGCACACUAAGCUUGCACUGCCAAUGCCAGUAUGAUUUCUUCACCAUACAUCUUGGUGUUUUAUUUUAUUUUUAUUUUUUUUACUCGACCAGAGCUUGGAUAACCAAAAUUCAAUAAAAAGAAAGUAUGGGUAAGAGACAUAAGAUAACUCAAGCUAACACUUGCUAGCUAAGUGGCUCUGAAUGUCUUCAAAUAGACAAUUUAGCUUUAGCUUCGUUGUGUCGAAGAUGGUAACGCUGACAGCAAGGAAUCAACAAAUAAUUCCGUUUGAGACUUUUUUUUGCUUUUAAUAGCUUUCUGUUCUAAAUUUUGUAAAGUGCAACUCCUUGUUUUAAAGCGUUGGAAUGCCAGCAGUUUCUCAAUGAAUAUCACACUGAAAGGUUUUGAAUAAAAACCCCAUUGCCUUUAGAUUGUAUUGGCCAUAAAGAGAACAGCCAUUAAACUCACACAGAGUUACUAAGCUGUAGCAGAUGAUAGAAAUAUAUUUCUUAGACAUUUUGUUACUUUUUUCGUGUGCUAAUCUACCUUCUGCCUGCACAGUAUUUCUGCACACUAUUCUCUCUUCCAUCUUCAUUAACAUCUCUUCUGUUCUGUGCAACUGAAGAUUAAGCUGCUAAUUGCUUCAUGAUGACAAGGAUUGCCAUUUGCUAUUUUCAUCUGCUUGGAAACGUGCGUCUCUUGGGGGGAUCAAGCUGUGAAUAUCGAGGAGUCUGUCUAUAUCUUGUGUAAGAUGUUGUUCAUUUGAUUGUUUUUUUUUUUCCUACGACACAAAACGGACCUACCGAUACACAACCUGUUGCAGGGCCAAGAUGAGCCUUAGAGGUCAGAGGUGAAGUUUCUGGGUUUCUUCGUAAAGAGUGCGAGGAGCCAUUUUGCUUUUUUCUUUUCCCUUGAUCGCUCAACCUCAAAAGGUACACACAAAACAGGACUCCUUCAAAAAAACAACAAAAAAAAAAAAAAACACGGGCAUACCUUAAAUAACUCAAUGAACAGUUAAAGGGAACAAUUGAAAAGGAGCAACUUUCCAACUGGGCUCAAGCAGAGUUGUGCCUCUUCAUGUACCGUUGCGGAUCCCCGUGGAGACGAGGAUUUCAUUACAAGACGGUUCGUCUUUGAAGAGGGAAGUGCAAAACUGUUACGGGACGACUCGCUGUACUUCUGGAGCUUUCGUGCCUCCCUCGAAAUAUGUCACAAGUUCAAAUAAAAGUGUUUGUAUCGACGGCGUGAACUGUAUCAGUAACGACGGAGACGAGAGGACAUCUCACAGUGCUGAUAAUCAUUCUACUGUAUUACUACAAGAAAAAACAGUAUCAGUGACAUCGACAAUGAUAACAGGGUUUUCUGGCUCCUCCCAUCAAGGGGAGUGUUUGAGUUGUUCUGUUGACUUCUUUAUUUUUCAUGUUUCUAUUUUUAGAGCCGUCGUUUUGAAUCGUUCCUCAUCCUUUUCUUUCUCGUUCUUGCUGUAUGGCUAUUCAUCUUUUUUUUUUUCUUUACCAUGGAUAAACUGUUCAGUAAGUUAUCAUUGAAAACAGCACAAAAAUGUUUAUAAAGAUAUUAAAGUCUAUAUCUUCUUAUGUCUA